GAUUACAGUACACAAAGUAAGCUUGGUCGAACAACGAUCGUCUGUGUUAGAUUUCGAUUCCGCUUUGAAAAGUAAACAUCGUGCUGCCUACAUGGCGUCAAAUGAUCAACUUAUCCAUCUUGCUGCUGGGGGCUUGGGAGGAACAGCAGGAGCAGUGUUAACAUGUCCUCUGGAAGUGGUAAAAACAAGACUUCAGUCUUCUUUAAGUACAUUCCAUUACUCGACAGCAACAUCAACUGCUAGGCCUACAUGUCUGGUGUCUAACUAUUCCGCAUUCCACACCGCUCCAAGCAGUACUUUUGUGACAAUUCGAAAUGUUGGAACUAUUGCUAAUGUUUCUGAAGCAGCACUGGUGCAUGCAAGGAGUCGUUCCCUUGGAUUGUUAUUCUGUCUCAGACAAAUUGUCAUACAUGAAGGUAUGAAAGGUUUAUUCAAAGGCUUGGGACCAAACUUGAUCGGCGUCAUUCCAUCAAGAGCAAUUUACUUCUAUUCCUAUGCCAAUAUGAAAAAGUUCCUGAACACACAAAUGAAACCAGAUACCUCUCUAGUACACAUAUAUUCAGCUGUCACCGCAGGUUUCUGUGCCUGCACGACAACCAACCCAAUAUGGUUUAUCAAGACAAAACUCCAACUCGAUCAGAAGAGAUCCAACUCUCUUACUUGUGUAGAGUGUAUCAGGAACACAUACCGAUCAUACGGAUUAGCCGGCUUCUACAAAGGCAUUACUGCUUCUUAUGUAGGCAUUACAGAAACUGUCAUCCAUUUUGUCAUCUACGAAGCUUUGAAGGAGCGAUUAAAGUGUUGGGACAAUCUCACCUUCAACAGGAAGGGUGGUGAGGAACCCUUUAUCAACAGCUUCUUUCGGUGUAUGUUGGCCGGAGCCAUAUCCAAAACCUUUGCCACUUGCAUAGCUUAUCCUCAUGAAGUGGCGAGAACACGACUUCGAGAGGAUGGCAACAAGUACAGAACAUUUGUACAGACAUUGAGACAGGUGUGUAAGGAAAGUGGAAUAAGGGGUAUGUACAGUGGACUGUGUACACAGCUUGUGCGUCAGAUCCCGAACACUGCCAUCAUGAUGGCUACAUACGAGGGUGUUGUCUACUACUUCAACCACAUGAAAUCUGGGGAGGACACGUGAUCAGCCACUAGUCUGCAAAAUCGAGGUGCUACGUUCCUGGUCCACGCUGGCCAUUUACGGACAGUCACUGCAAGUGAUUCCAAAAUCAUUCACUAAUGAGUUGGAUGGUACUGAACACUGACCAGAUUCAAGUCCACACUGCAGAUAUGAUUUGAUCAGUCUGUGGGCAUCAACUGGGCUUUUACUUAACAGUGAUCAAAAGCAAUAAAUUCUAGUCCCAAGUUAAUAAUGUGUUGCGGAUGUAUAGAUACUAUGACAUAUCUGUGUGUUAGUCAUACUGCUAAACAUACACUACUUUUAAGAUCUGGAUUCCAUCAAGUACUGCUAUGCAAUCUCAUUCAAUAUAUUCACUUGUUGUGAAUUAGUUUGUGUACUCACAAGCAGAUCUAUUGUAUUCUAAAUCGUUCAGCACUGUAUCAAUCUGUUCUAUCAUUGUGUUCAUAUAUGUAGAAAACAUUGUAUUAUAUUAUAGAUAGAAGUCUGAUAAAGAUUUUUCCAGCAUUGAGAAAUUGCCUUUGAUGAAUUUGGCAUUUUGAGAAUUUAUAAAGUAUUAAAUCAAAAAUACAAUCUGUUCAGCUAAAGUUUGAAACACCAUGAGGUGCUACUACAUUAUAAACAUCAGAACUCCACUCUAUGUCUUCUUUAUUUUGAUAGUCCAAGGGAGACAAUCUAGUGGCUUCUAUUCUGUUAAAUAGAGUAAUUAAACAAAAAAAAUGUAUUUAAAUUGUACCAAUGGUAUUGAGUUUAAACAAUCAUUUAUUAUAUAUGAUAUAGAAGUUAAAAUAUUUAAAUUAUUUGUAGGUAAUACAAUGUAUAUGGUGUAGAAUUUGAGAAGAUAAAACUUGCUUUUAAAUGGUUUUAAUAAUAUUGAAACAACAUUUACUACUACCAUUUUACAUGGGCCUUCAGUCAUGAAAAGUGUCAAAACAGCCAGUUACUGAAACAAAGUCAUUUGUGUGUAUAUAUUAUGCUGUUUUGUUGUGAUCUCGUAAAAUUUCAAUGUACAGUACUGUUUUUGUUACUUGUGUUACACUUUUAAAUGUUUACUUUCCCUUUCUUUCAAGCUGUAGAUAUGUGUCCAUUUUGUAAACAAAACAAAUAAAUUUGCAACUGAUGUAAACUUGUGAUAUUAAAGUGCUAAUGAAAAUUUAAUAACACUUGAGAUUUACAUGUCCAUAUAUAUACUUUGUUCACAUCCCAGUAGUUAAUACUGAAAUGGAAGGGGGGGAGGGUGUUGAAAAAAAAAUUGGAAUUGAAAAAUGAUUUAUUAAAUGUUAAGAAAAUAUUAAUUUUGGUAACAAAUUAUAUGAAGACUUCAACAGUCAGGAGAAGAUCUGUAACUUUAAGAACAUUUUUUUAUCAGACUGAUGGGGAUAAAGGCAGACUUAUUCUUUACCACUUUGGUAGUACAUUCUGUUUUCUUUUGUUUUCCGUUCCUUUUGUUCGACGUUCUUUGUUUAUGUGACAAUUCACAGUUACUGUUUUACAUGUUUAUUCCUUCUUUUAGAACACUUACAAAACUGAAAGUAUUCUUUCAGCAAUUUGUAAGAACUAACUGAAGUGUUUGUGAUAAUGUUGAUAAGUAUAUGUAUAUAUAUUGACUUGACAAUUUACUGUUUGGUGAAUAUUUAAUGAUGCAAAUAAAAUGAAAAAUCAAACUUA